AUGGAUUCAAGGUCACUUCGGUCCAAGGCGUCCGAAGAGACCCUGAUAUCGCUUCUUCAUUUAGAUCCCUCCCCCAUAGAAACACCACCGGCUCUUGAGGACAGCGUUUCCUCGUUAAAAUCCACUUCGUCUGCCCCAGGUUUGAGUGGCAGUGGACAUGGAACCAUUUUUUACCUUACACGCAUUCAAAAGUUUUCCUCGUACUUGGUGCCAAUUUUCACCUCCAUACAUCUUGCCAACACUUCCAUCAUUCCCCUGGUUGCGCGCUCCGUUGUUGCUUCUGAGACUUAUCUGCUGCAAUCCCGGGAGAUUUAUCAGACUUCUCUAACAGAGCCCCUGCUCGUCGCCUUACCAAUUGUCGCCCACGUUGCGUCUGGUGUCGCUCUCCGUUUCGCCCGGCGUUCCCAAAACUUACACCGCUAUGGAAUGUCUCGGACAACAGCUUACAACAGCUCGGGCUCGGCGGCGCGCAUAUGGCCUCCUUUGAGCUACAUUUCGGCGUCAGGAUAUGCAUUCGCGGUAUUUCUGGCCGCUCAUGUUGGCGUAAAUCGUGUACUGCCCCUCCAGGUCGAGGGCGACAGCUCGAACAUUGGUCUGGCAUUUGUCGCACAUGGCUUUGCCCGCCUUCCGACAUUGUCAUGGCUAGCUUACACUGGGCUUCUGCUUGUAGGAUGUGGCCAUAUGGUUUGGGGGGCAGCAAAGUGGCUGGGGUAUGCACCGACAGCCACAAGACAACAAAGGAGGAUGAUAUGGUGGGGCCUUCACGGUGCUACUUUUGGCGCAUUUGUUGUCUGGGCCGCCGGUGGUUUGGGAAUCGUUGCUAGGGAAGGACUUACAACAGGCUGGGUCGGAAAACUCUAUGACGACCUAUUCGACAAAAUCCCUCUUUGCUGA